UUCGCAAACCCCUUGGUCGGCUCCCAAUGCGGCCGAAACGUUUUCGCCGACGCAACAACACCGUACGGCCUCGCCAAGGCCGCGUGUGACGUCGACGGAGACAGAACCGGCGAAUUCUCGACCGAUGGAAGCAACGUCACCGGCUUCAGCAUUGUCCAUGAUAGCGGCACCGGGGGAAUCCCCAGCUUGGGUAAAUUUCCGCUCUUCCCGCAGGUCCGUCCCGGCGAUGAGCUCAAGAACUGUAUGUUCCGGAUCCGGGACCGGGCGACGAAGCAUGACUUGAACAAGACCGUCGCCGAGCGAGGUUACUUCUCCGUCGAACUGGCGUCCGGCGUGAAGACGGGCAUGACGGUGGCUGAGCACGCUGCACUCAUGCGGUUCAAUUUUCCGAGCGCACAAAUGGUGAAUUCCAUGCUCGACAUCUAUAAGCGCGAAGGUUGGCUACCAGGCUGCCGUAUGUCUCUCUGCAAAGGAGGCUCCAACGCCGACGUCGUUAUCGUUGACUACUACGUCAAAAACUUGGCCUCGAUACUCUGGGAGUUGGCACUCACCGCAAUAACCAAAGAUGCCGAGGACGAGCCUCCAGAUUGGUCUUAUGAGGGCCGCGCGGCGGCCUCACAAGCUGCAAAAGCCUCAACUACAUCCCAUACCUCGAUUUCGACCCGAUCGGCUCCGGCACAAAUUCAAGGAGCGUGA